CGUCGUUAUAAAGGUCGUAUUAGCUUUGUAAGAUUGUGCUUGUUGUCCACACUUCUCGAAUCGAGGCCCGUCUGACGGGUCGGUCCUGCUCUACAAUUUAGACAUUGGAGCUUGUUUAGCAAACAGAUUCGUGUGUUAAACGUGGCAUUAUGAAAAAUAACAUGCAGUUGACAGAAGGCAGACCGUGCUUUCUAGAAAAAUAUAUUUUCCACCGAGGGCUACAUAAAUAUGUUUGAUUCUAUGUUUCUACUAAUCCCCGGGGGACAAUAAAAACAAGCUACAGGCUGCAAAUGUAUCUGCAGACUGAAUACUUGGAUUGCGUUGAAGUUGACGUACUAUAAACGAAAGGCUGCACAGUGCAAUUGGUAACCCUGGAAAACCAUCACUGCAUUUGCUAAAUAUCUGUUGCAAUUAUUGAGAUUUGUUUUAGCUGUGCCAUGCAGUUCAUUGCAAAUAACUGUAUUGAUUUAUAGAAGGUCUGUACUGCGUCCAUUGAGAGCAUCACUUGCUGCCACACCCUUGAUAACCAAUAUUGACAGUGUCGUCUCUCCUGCGCAUGUGCGCAAGAGUGCUGACGGGGUUGCUUCAGUAUGUCUCAUUUGCGAUACGCGCAGUAAUCGGCAGCGGUAGUGUGACUCAUUUUGGGGUGUCUGUUCGUAAUACAUCCAUUAAAAAAAUUAUCAGGCCCCUUCUCUCUUCUGGGAAUUCGGAGCGAACCGGCUUUUACUGUAGCGCGACUCUCUCAAAACUGCACAAAGCUACCGAGAAGCGGAGGAGAAAAAACGAAAGUUGGGGUGCUUCAGUUUCAAUGUAAAAUAUGUAAAGAAAACUAAGUGUUGAUAAACGCAAAUCUCACUGUUGGAUUUUUAAAGAAGAUUUUUAUAUAUUGAAAAACUUAAUACAACGAAUGAUACUGUGUUGUAAUGAAUACAAAACGCUUUCCUCAGAAUAGAAAAGCUUUACUUUGAAGUUCACAGGCGGAAGUGUGCUUUAGAACACAUCACAGGCCAGAAGCGGCUAGGGAGCUAACAGGGAGUCCGCUGCUGCCAUCUCAACAUGGAGUAGCAAAAGCCCCUCGUCCACUGCCCGAGAAGCGGACCCCACGGAGAGGAUUACACGCUUUUCAAACAUCCGCCGAGAGCUUCGCAAAUGAUAGAACGGCGGAUGCUUUUGUAGGUGGAAAAGGGACUGUUUUAUUGGAAAGAUGGCGAACGACUCCCCAGCUAAAAGUCUGGUAGACAUCGACUUGGCUUCACUGCGGGACCCGGCCGGGAUAUUUGAAUUGGUGGAGGUGGUUGGAAAUGGCACCUACGGACAAGUCUACAAGGGACGACAUGUCAAGACUGGGCAGCUGGCCGCCAUCAAGGUCAUGGACGUCACAGAGGAUGAAGAAGAGGAAAUUAAAUUGGAGAUUAAUAUGCUGAAGAAGUAUUCCCAUCACAGAAACAUCGCCACCUACUACGGGGCUUUCAUUAAAAAGAGUCCACCGGGACAUGACGACCAGCUUUGGUUGGUGAUGGAGUUCUGUGGAGCUGGUUCCAUCACAGACCUGGUGAAGAACACCAAGGGGAACCAGUUGAAGGAAGACUGGAUUGCCUACAUCUCCAGAGAAAUCCUCAGAGGUUUAGCCCACUUACACGCCCACCAUGUUAUCCACCGAGACAUCAAGGGCCAGAAUGUCCUGUUGACUGAAAAUGCCGAAGUGAAACUAGUGGACUUUGGUGUGAGUGCCCAGCUGGAUCGCACUGUAGGCAGGAGAAACACCUUCAUUGGUACUCCAUACUGGAUGGCCCCUGAAGUCAUUGCCUGCGACGAAAACCCUGAUGCUACAUAUGACUACAGAAGUGACCUGUGGUCUUGCGGCAUUACAGCAAUUGAGAUGGCUGAAGGAGCGCCACCGCUUUGUGACAUGCACCCAAUGAGAGCACUCUUCCUGAUUCCAAGAAACCCCCCUCCGAGGCUCAAAUCCAAGAAAUGGUCCAAAAAGUUUUUCAGUUUCAUCGAGGGCUGCCUUGUGAAGAACUACACACAGCGGCCGCCAACAGAACAGCUGCUCAAACACCCCUUUAUCCGAGACCAACCCAAUGAGAGGCAGGUCCGAAUUCAGCUGAAAGACCACAUUGAUCGCACCAAGAAGAAGAGGGGCGAAAAAGACGAGACUGAGUAUGAGUACAGUGGCAGUGAGGAGGAGGAGGAGGAUCCCCCGGAGCAGGAGGGAGAACCAAGCUCCAUCGUUAAUGUGCCGGGUGAGUCCACGCUGCGCAGAGACUUCAUCCGCCUGCAGCAGGAAAACAAGGAGAGGUCAGAGGCACUUCGUCGUCAGCAGCUCCUGCAGGAGCAGCAGCUUCGCGAACAGGAGGAGUACAAGCGCCAACUACUGGCAGAGAGGCAGAAGCGUAUUGAACAGCAGAAGGAGCAGCGACGGCGACUGGAGGAGCAACAAAGACGCGAACGGGAGAUGAGACGGCAACAAGAGCGGGAUCAGCGUCGGCGAGAGCAGGAGGAGAAGAGGCGCAUUGAGGAAAUGGAUCGCAGGCGCAAAGAGGAAGAAGAGCGCAGGCGUGCUGAGGACGAGAAAAGGAGGAAUGAUCGUGAACAGGAGUACAUCCGACGGCAGUUAGAGGAAGAGCAGAGACACUUGGAGAUGCUACAGGAACAGCUGUUGCGUGAACAGGCUAUGUUGUUGGAGUUCAAGUGGCGUGAGCUAGAGGAGCAGCGCAAGGCUGAGCGGCUUCACAAGCGGCUGCAGCAGGAACAGGUUUACCUGCUGUCACUCCAGCGUGCAUCCCAACAGCAGAUUGGCGACAAGUCCAAACUGCCCGCAGACCGUGUCACAGCUCCUCCAACGACCACCCCGCCCCUUGACAGAGUCCUCCCACAGCGACCACAAGCUGUGGUUCUUGACAGUUUUGUUGCCACAGGCUCUUCUGAGAUCUCUGGUGUGCCACAGGCGAUGCACCCUGACUGCGUUAAAGCUCAGGCAGCUGUGUUGGAGCAAAGUGACCAUGACGAGAACUCUAGUAGUCCCAGCCCCACUCAUGAGUCCACCAUUGACUCCACCCCUUCCCUGGAAGAACAUGCUGCAUCCGAUACACCAGUCACUCAACCUCCACAGCCUAUCAGAGAGGCUGACGAACGGUACCGUAAGAACAUACAGGGCUCCCCUCAGACCGCCCCUCCUCCCAAGCAGCCCCCUCUGCCUCCCCGCUCAGUUGAACCCUUCUCCAACGGUAGCUCAUCUGAGGUCUCCGCCAUGCACCGGCCCAUGGAGCCUCAGGUCCAGUGGUCUCACCUUGCCGCUCUUAAGAGUAGCAACAGUGCCGCCCCUUCUCCGCCUCCUCCGCCCAUGGUCGCUCGCUCCCAGUCCUUCAGUGAGCCCGGUGGUGUUACUGCUAACUUUGCACAGCUCCACAUGCGCUCCCAGGAGCCCCACCAUCACCACCCAUCGCCUGCCCGUACUGACUCCCAGCCCCAACCUCCCCUACACCAGCCUCAGGCCCCACCUAGUGACGAAGUGCCACCCAAGGUACCCGUGAGAACCACGUCUCGAUCUCCUGUACUGUCGCGCCGAGAGUCUCCGCUACCAUCGCAGCCUAGCGGGCAGAGGAAUGUAUCUGGCAACGUGGACCACCGCCCUCUGUGGGACCGUGUGGAGAAAUUGCAGCCUCGGCCUGGCAGCGGCAGCUCCUCUGGUUCCUCCAACUCCAGCUCCCAGGCCAGUCCUGGGGACCGCUUCAGGCCACGCUCAUCGUCCAAAUCUGAAGGUUCGCCCCUCCAACGCCCUGAGAGUGUUCCCAAAAAAACCGAUGAAAAGAACUUGGCCAGGCCCACUAGACCUGCUGACCUGACAGCCCUCGCCAAGGAGCUCCGUGCAGUGGACGACGUGCGACCUCCCCACAAAGUGACUGACUACUCUUCCUCAAGUGAGGACUCUGGCACCACCGAUGAGGAAGACGAUGAAGAAGUAGAUCAGGAGGCGGGAGAGGAAUCCACCUCGGGUGCUGAGGACUCUCGGUCCUCUCAUGGUUUCCACAGGAGGCUGAGUAAUGGAGAAACUGGGUCUGCUAAAACAAUGCUGGUUGAAGACUCUGAGAGCGAGCAGGCCACUACUCCCUCAAAGGAUGGUACGCUGGUCAUCAGACAGAGCACCGCUGACAUAAAGCGGUUGAUCAGUCUCUCUUCCGCUUCCCUGGCCGGCAACGCUCACGGCCAUCCCCAAACCCCAAGCCACAGCUUCCAAGAGAAAAAUGGCUUUGUUGGCCGCAUUCACCACCUACCAGACCUUAUCCAGCAGAGCCAUCACUCCCCAUCCUCUUCCACAUCCAUGCUUUCCUCCCCCUCCUCCUCUUCCUCCUUCUCAUCAUCUCCUAGCCAUGCCAGUCUGGCCAUGUCCUCACAGAACCCCUUGGACAAGCUUGUUGCCAUUGAGAGCCAAUCGGAGAGCAAUUCCAUGUCCAAACACAAAUCAUCUUCCUCCUUCACUCCCUUCAUCGACCCUCGCCUUCUCCAGAUCUCCCCAUCCAGCGGCAGCUCACUCAACAACAUGGCUGUAUUUGGGCAGGACGUACGUCUCGCAGACCCACUGAGGUCUGACCCGUCGCGCAAAGGCUCAGUGGUUAAUGUCAACCCCGUCAACACACGUCCGCCCAGCGACACGCCAGAGAUCCGGAAGUAUAAGAAGCGGUUCAACUCGGAGAUCCUGUGCGCUGCCCUUUGGGGUGUCAACCUACUGGUCGGGACCGAGAGCGGCCUGAUGCUGCUGGAUCGCAGCGGUCAGGGGAAAGUGUACCCCCUCAUCAACCGGCGGCGCAUCCAGCAAAUGGACGUCCUGGAGGGUCUGAAUGUCCUAGUUACUAUAUCAGGCAAAAAGAACAAGCUGCGAGUUUAUUAUCUGUCAUGGCUUCGUAACAAGAUUCUGCAUAAUGACCCAGAGGUGGAGAAGAAACAGGGCUGGGUUAAUGUGGGCGACCUGGAGGGAUGCGUCCACUACAAAGUUGUAAAAUACGAGAGGAUUAAAUUCUUAGUGCUGGCUUUGAAGAACUCAGUGGAGGUUUAUGCUUGGGCCCCCAAACCGUACCACAAGUUCAUGGCCUUCAAGUCAUUUGGCGACCUGGUGCACAAGCCUCUGCUGGUGGACCUGACAGUGGAGGAGGGUCAGAGGUUAAAGGUCAUCUAUGGCUCCUGCUCAGGCUUCCAUGCUGUGGAUGUGGACUCAGGCGCCGUUUACGACAUCUACCUACCCACUCACAUCCAGACCAGCAUUCAGUGCCACGCCAUCAUCAUCCUGCCCAACACCGACGGAAUCGAGCUGCUUGUGUGCUACGAGGACGAGGGCGUCUACGUCAACACCUACGGGCGCAUCACCAAGGACGUGGUGCUGCAGUGGGGGGAAAUGCCGACUUCAGUGGCCUACAUUAGGUCCAACCAGAUCAUGGGCUGGGGCGAAAAGGCCAUCGAGAUCCGCUCAGUGGAGACCGGCCACCUGGAUGGUGUCUUUAUGCACAAGAGAGCCCAGAGACUCAAGUUCCUGUGCGAGCGGAACGACAAGGUGUUCUUCGCCUCGGUGCGAGCUGGCGGUGCUAGUCAGGUGUACUUCAUGACCCUGGGACGCACCUCCCUCAUGAGCUGGUAGUUCCUGUGACAAUGAUGAUGCUUGCUCUCUCGUGUUCAGACCAACAUCCGUCGUAAUAAAUAGCCAGCGGUGGGCGGGGUGCUGCGUUCUGUGUAUGUGCGUGCGUGUGUAUGUAUGUAUGUGUGUGUGUGUGUGCGUGCACGAGCGUUUUAUAGUAAACUAUAUAUGAGCCAAGCCUGCCUCCUCCCCUUGACCUUACUGGGAUGUGAUCAUGUUUGGUGACCUCACGCAGCCUUGCAUCUCGUGCGUGCGCAAGGUCCGCAUGUGCACAGCUGAGGACGAACCACGCACACGCCACUCGCCGUUUGGCUUCUUGCGUUUUUUUGUUUGUUUUUUUGUAAAGAAAAACACUCGUUUGCCUUGUUUAAGGUGUUCCGGUGGACCACGGUGAUCAUGACAGGGUAAGAUUAUCAGCUCCACCACCUUCCAAGCAUGGUCCACAACCUUCUCAUACACUGUACAUUUUCUAUGUGACGGCUGCACGUGGAUAGGAGUCGCUAUUUGUCAUCCACCCUAAACGGACCCCGAUUUGUCUCGUUUUCACUCUUUUCCUGGGGCGUCCUUCACAAUGUAGGGUAAACUGUGAAUUAGAUUUGCAGAGUCAGCAGGUAACCACAAAGGAACUUGAGUGCAUGAGACCUGACUGUAGCGUCUAAGUUCAGGUUGCCUUAUUAAUAAAAGGUUUUACGAAGCCUAAAAGUUGAAGGAAGGCUUUAGUCAGCCAUCUAUCGGAUACAACAAUGGACCUUAUAUUGACGAUGUUGCGCCUCAGUCUGUUUCCUUUUAAUAUUCCCUGUCAAAAUUGACAAUGCCGCUGUCGUCCAUUGCCCAGUUGCCACGGUAGUCGCACGCGGCAGUGGACAACAUCCUUGUUCCCCCAACUUCCCCUGCUCGUCAGCACGGGCGGUGCCUUCACUGACCUUACAGAGAGAAAGAGAAAUAAGGCUAAAAGUGCAGCAGUGUUCCAAAACCACUCCAGAUGAUGACAAAACAAGUGGCAUAUUUUUAACCCGGACUUAGUUUUUAGUCUCGACCACGUUUCCCGUCUAAGUAAGCGACUGCUGUGGUUUUUAAAUAGUAAUGCACACGUUAAGUUGAAAAUGUUUACAGAAGUCAUUGUUUUGUCAAACCAAUGUGCAUCAAUAUGAAUAUUUAUGGAUCAUUUGAGGGCAGUUUUCCUGUUUUUUGUAUUUUGUAUUCCCUUUUUGUACGUUCAUUUAGACAGCCGUGUACAGGAAUAAACGGACAUUUGCUCACAUGUGAUAUUACUGACACAAAUCCAGACUUCACUGAUUCUGCAGCAUUAUGCUCAGUGUGUUUUGUUUUACUACCACCUGGGUGUUUCUUUUCUGACCUCUAAUGUAUGUCCUCUCUGUGUACGUUAGGAAUUACUGUAUUUUCCUGAAGGUCUUUUUUUUUCCAUGGAAUAAAAUCUGAAAUAAUUUACAAUUCGGUGUUAUUCUGUGCCGCAUAAGGCCAAAGUUAUCUU